UUUUUAGUUUAAAAUAAGUCGAAAGCCUGGAUGAACGAUGGAAAUACAAUCACGUCAUCGAUGUGCGCAGCGUGCACCUUAGUGGGACUUGGUAUCUUGCUCCCUUCGUUCAAAGAGGAAAUUGUAUCUAAGGAGGAUGCCUCUUCCUGCGGCACUGCUGGCCCGCUUGGCUAAGAGAGGGAUUGUGAAACCAUCAGAGCAAGGGGUGGAUGAGGAGAUUAUUGCUGAAGAUUAUGAUGACAACAAUGUAGAUUAUGAAGCCACCAGGGUGGAAAGUCUGCCACCAAACUGGUAUAAAGUGUUUGACCCUGCUUGUGGUCUUCCUUAUUACUGGAAUGUGGAGACAGAUUUGGUAGCGUGGCUAUCACCAAAUGACCCAUCUGCUUUAAUAACAAAACCUGCAAAAAAACAAAAAGCUGAGGGAGAUGACAGAAGCGAACGUCCAAUUGAGAAGUCUGAUCGAGAGCGGGACCGAGACAGAGAGCGGUACAGAGACAGAGAUCGGGAAAGGGACAGAGAUCGGGAAAGGGACCGAGAGCGGGAAAGGGAAAGAAGAAAACAGAGGAGAGACGACAUAGCCCCUUAUAAUAAGGGCAAAAGAAAUAAGGGUAGAAAAGAAGAUGAACUCGACCCCAUGGAUCCAAGUGCAUAUUCUGAUGCUCCAAAGGGCUUAUGGUCAAGUGGUCUUCCCAAACGUAAUGAAGCAAAGACAGGAGCCGAUACCACAGCGGCUGGGCCUUUGUUCCAGCAGCGACCAUACCCUAGUCCAGGAGCUGUAUUGCGGGCUAACGCAGCUAACCAUCCUCCGAAGGAGUAAAAUAAAUUCAUGGCUAUAAA